AUGCAGACUCGGGACAGCGUGGCCCAACACCCGGACCUGAAGGAAGUAAAGGGAGUCGCCGAGUACGUUUCAACACCAGCGCGUGACGUAACCGUAACUCCGGAGAAGUUCUUCAACAGACCCGUUUUCGAAGACUGUCGAACAAACGAGAAGCUUCUCCAUGGUCGCAUUCAUUCGCAACAUCAAUGGGCGUCAUAUCACGCGGGCUCGCAUCUUCGCCUGCCGCUCGAGUGCCCCUCCACAUUCAAAUUAUCAGAUACGUCGAUCAUGGCGGCGGCUGAACGCGCCACUUUUGUACAAUCGCAUGUACCGACAACGGGAGAACAGACCUCCGCCAUUGUUCGACGCGCUCGCGCAUCUGCCGAC